CUCGCUCUUCCUGCGCAGUGGGUCGAAGCGGAAGAGAAAAACCUCUCUCUCUCUCUCUCUCUCUCUCUCUCUCUCUCUCUCUCUCUCUCUGGCUACUGCGGACGGCAUCGAUUCAACUUCGAGGAAAGGGGAGGGGGGGGUAGCACAUAUUAUUGUGUAGUGAAUAAACAACAAACAACAACAAACAACAACAACAAGCAGCAGCAGCAGCAGAAGAAUACGGGAGCCGGGAUGGAGCCUCACGGCAGAGACGAAGUGAAAGGACCGGUGCUGCACAUCGCGGUGGUUGGAUUCCACCAUAAGAAGGGCUGUCAGGUUGAAUUCUCCUACCCGCCGCUGAUGCCAGAUGAGGGCCAUGACAGCAACCUGCUGCCAGAAGAGUGGAAGUACCUCCCUUUCCUGGCUCUACCGGACGGGGCGCACAACUACCAGGAAGACACUGUGUAUUUUCACCUGCCGCCGCUCAGCGGAGACAUGAAGUGUGUCUACGGAGUUUCCUGUUAUCGCCAAAUAGAAGCAAAGGCCCUAAAGGUCCGACAGGCUGACGUCACCAGGGAGACCGUUCAGAAGAGCGUCUGCGUCCUCAGUCGAGUGCCUCUCUACGGUCUGCUUCAAGCGAAGCUACAGCUCAUCACGCACGCCUACUUCGAGGAGAAAGACUUUUCACAGAUCUCCAUUUUAAAGGAACUGUACGACCACAUGAACGGAUCUCUGAGGGGUUCGGCUCUGGACGGAUCACAGGUUUAUCUCGGGUUAUCACCAAGAGAUUUAAUACUGCAGUUUCGACACAAGGUUCUCAUCCUCUUCAAGCUUAUUCUGCUGGAGAAGAAGGUCCUGUUCUAUGUGUCUCCUGUCAACAGGCUGGUUGGAGCUCUGAUGACAGUUUUAUCACUGUUUCCAGGUAUGAUCGAACACGGCCUGGUGGACUCGUCCCACUACAGGCCCAAGAGCAGCGUGUCAGAGGACCUGAGUCUGGUGGAGAGCGUCUCAGGAGCCGAGGAGUUCGUCUCCGUGUCCGUCACCGACAUCAUCGCCAACACCACGCUGGAGGGGGUGGAGACCGCCCAGCCUGCCGCCGAAUCUCUGUCCUCCGGGAACAGCGCCGAGGGGGACAACCACCUCCUCAAACCGCCGUCGCGCACCUCCCCAGACUCCUCCGAGAGCGACUGGGAGACUCUGGACCCCAGCGUGUUAGAGGAAAAUGGCUCUAAAGAGGCAGCUGAGGGGAAGGAGACAGAGUCGGAGCUCCCAGACGCCUUCGACUCCAAGCCGGGGACGCCCAUCACUGUGCAGCCGCAGGCCGCCGGCGGUCAGGGAGCGGUCGUCCAGGGUCUGGUGUCCGGUCUGGAGGAGGAUCAGUACGGCCUGCCGCUCCCCAUCUUCACUAAGGGUUACCUGUGUCUGCCCUACAUGGCCCUGCAGCAGCAUCACCUCCUGUCAGACGUGACGGUGCGCGGCUUUGUUGCCGGGGCGACCAACAUCCUCUUCCGCCAGCAGAGGCACCUCAGUGAUGCCGUUGUUGACGUGGAGGAAGCUGGCGUGCAUAUCCAGGACCCCGAGCUCCGGAAGAUCCUGAGCCUGACGACGGCGGACCUGCGUUUCGCCGACUACCUGGUCAAACACGUGACGGAGAACCGCGACGACGUUUUCCUGGACGGGACAGGCUGGGAGGGCGGAGACGAGUGGAUCAGAGCCCAGUUCACCCUCUACCUCCACUCCUUACUGUCCUCUGCGUUACAACAAGAUAACGAGAGGCUGCUGGCUGAUUACGGCGCGCCUUUCGUCACAGCCUGGAAGAUCACACACAACUACCGGGUGUGGUACAGCAACAAGCACCCCGCCAUGGCCGCCAUCACCCCAGGACACCCGUUCCAGGGCCAGUACAGUGUUGCUGAUGUGAAACUACGACUCUCACAUUCGGUGCAGAACAGCGAGAGAGGGAAGAAGAUCGGAAACGCCAUGAUCACCACCAGUCGCAGCAUGGUCCAGACGGGGAAGGUAGUGGGUCAGUCGGUGGGCGGAGCUUUGACCAGCGCCAAGUCGGCCAUGUCCUCCUGGUUCUCCACGCUGGCCCAGCCCGCCGCAGUAACCCCCCCGGGCUGCCCGGAGCCCGCCACCGAGGUCAAACCCUGAAACCAAACCCCUCCUCCUCUCUGACCGUCUCCUCGUCCUCUGAGCUUCUGGCUGAAGGGUCAGAGGAGCGAGAGCUGCUUCGUGUGAAGAGUGUGAGCAGAGAAAAUCAUCAUCAUCUUCAGAAUCAACGAGUUUAAAGUCGGAACCAUAAAACCUGAGAGGCAAACAGGAAGAGACAGGAAGGCAGCGUUACACUAACUGUACAGCCCAGAUCCACUGUGAGGCGAUAUCGAUCAAAACCCAGAAAAUACAGCGGGCUGCAUCCUGUCUGUCUGUCUGUCUGUCUGUCUCUGCUGCCGUUCGUAUUGCUGGAUGCUUUCCUGUGAGACACUAAAGAUGCUGUCGUUGGGUUUGCGGUGUUCACUCUUUUGCUGCAUAUUUCUAGAGUUUGAUCUAUAUAGCCGAUUAUUUUGCUGAGAAAUAAUGUUUAAAAAUAAUAAAUAAUAAUAAUAAUAAUAAAUAAAUAAAUAAAUACAUCCGUGUUGCAGGAUUUUGACAGGACAGCAUGAGCUGUGGCACCUUGAAGAUUUUAACAGUUUUUAAAUUAGCUCAUGUUCAGUGAUGCCUCUGUAGUAACAUUGGGGUUGUCGUGGUAACAGUGUGGGUUAUUUUUUAUGUGUAGAAAUAUACAAUAUAUAUCUAUGGAGCCCUGAAACUGACGAAAUGUAGUAAAAGUCAGUCCCUCCAGCAACAGUUAACGCACAUUCAACCAGUUUUUAUCUAAUCGCUGCAACUUUUCUGCACGAAAAAGUGAAUCAUACGUCAUUAAACUCACUUCCCUGUUUCUAGUUGUGCAUUUAACACAAAUGUCUCAAACAUAAUCAGAAUCAGGAGCCUUUUUUUUGGAAAAUUACUUUACUAUGCAAUUUUAAUGUUUGCUAGAAACGGAAAGAAAAUGUCAUUUAUUUUGCUAUUUUUACCAACAGAUUGGAUCUUAAAGGAAAAGUACAAAGGUUUAUAUUUCCUUUUACUCUUUAUUUUAAAUAUUUAAUUAACAGUAUUAUUUAUUGAUAUGAUCAUGCGACAGUUUCUGGGCUCCUUAGACGUCUUUUAAAUUACUCGUACCCAACGGCCCAAAAACCACUAAAAUGUUGAAUUUUAAACUGAAUGUUUGACAUUUUUCAUGAUAAACGACCUAAAAUGUGAAAAUUAAACUGAUUACUUCACUAAUUAUUCCAGCUCUGAAUCUGAAUACUGUUACUACAAUAACCACAAUGUUAUUACUACAAUCCUUUUGUACCUAAUGCCUGAUUCUGUGCCCUGAUAAACGUGAUAAAAACCUCCCCAAACUAUGAAGGAAACCUGCACCCGGCUCACCCAGGCCUUUUUGUACUGUCAGAAUAUAUAUAUAUAUAUAUAUUGGGAGAACUAUAUUUAGUGAAUCUGAAGAUAGUUUAAAGAUAUAUCUUAUUUAUUUGUUGUGUAUAAACGUGUAAUCUCAUAAAUAUCCAUGUUUUUUGUCAUGACAACACUGGAUCAAGUCCUAAUCUGCGGACCACUGUGUGUAUUUGCAGAAAGCAGCCAUUAUAUUCUAUUUAUGUGACUCUUUAUCUUGUAUAACUGUAACUUUUGAGGUGCUUACAAGAUCUUGUUUCCCUCCAUGCUACAAAUAUUCGACGACAGUUGGAUUAAAAGUGGUCCAGUGAGCAUGCUCUGUCCAGUCCAGUUUUACAGCUGUAAUUCGUGUUUCAUCCUCUUGUCUUUAAAACUCUUUUAAUAUCUUUAUUUCUUGUUUUCACGCUUCUAAAAAUCUUCUUUGGUCAUCGACUUUUUGAUUUCUGGAUAAAGUUUAAGAAAAUAUCGGCUGUUAAAAGCUGCUUUUUUGUUUCUUUUCUUUGUUUUUUUUAUCCUCUGAUGAUAUAUUUUCAUUUUGUAUUUAAAAAAAAAAAAAAAAAAUAUGAAUGUAUUGGUGAACUAAAAUUCACAGAAUAUUUUCUUGACAGAUGCUUUUAAUGUAUUUGAGAAGAAAGUGAUACUCUACUACUAUAUUGCUGUAUUAAAAAUAUAAUUAAAGAAA